AGAAAAAUUUUCACUUUUUUAGGAGCUAAUAAAUCAAACAAUUUUCAGCACAUGAAUGUAUUUGACAUCACUAUAGGGUGACUUAAGCCCUUAGAUAUAAGUUCGAAAAUUGUUUGAGAUUUUGCACCAUGUCUUUACUUGCGGCGGGAACCAGUGAACGUGAAUUUAGUAGGUAUAUGGUUUUACUUGUAAUUCUUUUGCCUACGUCACUCAUGGCAGCAAAUUUAAACGCCAAUUUUUCUUGUCAACUGUUAUGAUUAAUUUUUUCAUUGAUAAAAAAUUUCUAUUACUAUCAUAGAUUAUAAUUUUAAGGCAAAAUGGCUUCAUGGAUGCAACUAAAGCUACUAUUUAUGGUGAGCAUAUGCAUUAUUUUUCUAAGCCUUCAAGUGACUGCUAAUUUAGAAGCUCUUGCCCUGAGAUCCUCGAAACAACUCAAGGCCAACAUGGACGACGAAGGUAAAUUUUUUCUAUGUCUCCUGGACCCAUCGAGACGCAGUCAACUUAUUGCCAACUCCAGGAAAAAACGGGAAUUGCUUUUUCCUCUAGAGCUGCCAAAAGGAAUAAACAUGCAGUUCAAGUGGAAUAUCGAUGUCCCAGUCGACACCUUUGCCCGCUUUUUCUUGGAUGUCCAGUUCGCCAUCUUGAUCGACGCUCCCUACGCCCGAGAAUUUGUCCAUAAGCAAGAAAAAUUUCCGUACCGAGAACUUGUCCCUGAGAUUUACAGACCAUUACUGAAGCGUCCCGAUCUUAUUGACACGGGACACGGAAUAGCAGAAGAAGGAGAAGACCGAAAAGAUGAAAUUUUGCACAGAAAAAAGAGAGAGGCGAUUGAAGAAAGGCGUGCUGUGUACAAUAUGCUAGAAAAUUUCUUGAUAAAGGCGAGUCUGCCGGCGCGGGCGUGUCUGCUGCGCACCAUCUGCGAGGUCGCGGAGACGCCGCUGCAGGACGACCUUCUGGGCAAGCUGGUCACCGCCAUACUCAAGCCAUCACGAAGCACUACGUACAGCACAGGAGACGAGUAUGAUGAGUACCUGACGGCAGAGUACCACGGCACACAGACAGACUCGUGCGCGGUGCGGUACAGCAACUGCCCCCAGUCACUCUUCGAUGUCGUCCCGUUUAUAGGGAGCAACUUCAUAUAUAAAUAAUACAUAAUGUAUGUGAACAAAAUAUUUUUCGCUGAUUAUCGUCUCACAGUUGAGCUGAUUUUUCGCUGAUAAUCGUCGCACAGUUGAGCUUACGAUGGAAGUACAACCUAGGGAUACCACAAUUCACAAAUGUUAAUAUAGCGCACAUUAACCGUGUAAAUUGGGUCUAUUGUGAGUCAUUAUUUAAAGAAAACAAUGAACUAAAGAAAUGAUCAUAAUCAAUAUUACUCAUCAAGCACGUCAGAAUAUUAAUAUAUCACCGACAACCAUGUGAGGAGUAGCGUCAUUCGUUUCUUGUCUACUUGCAGUGAGGCUUUUACAAGUCAUUGAUCGUUUUAUUAUUAUUAUUUAUAAAAUCAUUAUUUAUUUUACAUCUUAGUAUUUACCUAUGCAUUCUAUAAUUCAAGGAAAAUGUUUCUGUCUGA